AUGGCAACAGGAGGUGGUCCCUUUGAAGAAGGCAUGAAUGAUCAGGACUUGCCUAGCUGGAGCAAUGAGAGCCUUGACGACCGGCUGAACAACACGGACUGGGGAAGUCAACAGAAGAAAGCAAACAGAUCUUCAGAAAAAAACAAGAAAAAGCUUAGUGGGGAAGCUGAAACAAGGCUUACUAAUGAUAUAUCUCCAGAAUCCUCACCUGGAAUGGGACGACGGAAGACCAGAACGCCUCAUAGUUUUCCUCAUGCUCGAUACAUGACCCAGAUGUCUGUUCCAGAGCAGGCUGAACUAGAAAGGCUUAAACAGAGAAUAAACUUCAGUGAUCUGGAUCAGAGAAGCAUUGGAAGUGAUUCUCAAGGCAGGGCAACGGCUGCUAACAACAAACGUCAACUUAACGAAAACAAAAAACCAUUCAACUUCGUGUCACUGCAGAUAAACACUAACAAAAGCAAAGAUCCUGCCUCAAGUUCUCAAAAAAAGGAAAGUGGGGUAUCACUGCAAUGUAAAGAGUUGUUUGGAGCUGCUGUAAGCAAGGAUUUCUUGCAAAAUUGUCAAGUCUCUGCUCAAGAAGAUGGAAGGGGAGAACCAGCUAUGGAUAGUAGCCAGAUUGUGAGCAGACUAGUUCAAAUUCGCGACUAUAUUGCUAAGGCCAGCUCCAUGCGGGAUGAUCUUGUAGAGAAAAAUGAAAGAUCGGCCAAUGUUGAGCGUUUAUCACACCUUAUAGAUCACCUUAAAGAGCAGGAGAAAUCCUAUCUGAAAUUUUUGCAAAAGAUGCUUGCUAGAGAAAAUGAGGAGGAUGAUGUUCGGACUAUAGAUUCAGCUAUGGGAUCUGGUUCUGUAGGUGAGAGCACAUCGCUAAACAUUGAUGUGCAGUCUGAGGCUUCAGAUACCACGGCCAGAGAUCCUCAACAGGAAGCUAAAGAGGAGUUGGAGAACUUGAAGAAGCAGCAUGAUUUAUUGAAAAGGAUGCUACAGCAGCAGGAGCAAUUGAAGGCUCUUCAAGGAAGACAGGCAGCUCUUCUUGCUUUGCAGCAUAAAGCAGAGCAAGCAAUUGCUGUCAUGGAUGAUUCUGGUAUGUCCAGUAUCGCAUCUGCUCUGGCAGGGCUGUCUAUUACCUGGCUUAAGAAGUUAUCCUCCAUGCACUCCAGGAGUCUCCUGGAUUGCCUACAGCUUGCUGUGCUACUUUCCCAGCAGCUGUCAAGGUGGUUGAAAUCCCCCAGCAGGACAAGAGCCUGCGAGUGCGAAGCUUCUU